UUUACGUUCUUGUUUGUUUGGAUGCAUUUAACCUAUAUUUAAUCUGAUACAAAUAGUUAAGUGUAAUAUUUAAGCGUGUAUAUAAAAUCAGAGUGGGAGUUUUACAUUUGAAAUUUCCGUAUAUACCUUGAUGUUUUAAGAUGGGAAAGUCCAGUGAUAGCAGUGGCAGUGAUAGUGAAGAUGAUCGGCGAAAAAGAGAUGAAUUUGCUGAAAGACUAAAAAAGAGAGACAAAGAAAAGACAAGAAAUGUAGUGACAUCUCGAUCAGAUAAGCGAGCAUAUGAAGAGGCAGCAAAAAGACUUAAACUCGAAAAUGAAAAUCGAGAGAAAAUAAUACCUCGAUUACGAGUUGAGUCCAGAAGAAAAUAUUUGGAAAAACGUAAAGAAGAUAAAGUAGCGGAGUUAGAAGCAGACAUAAUCGAUGAUGAAUAUUUAUUUAAUGAACAAGAGCUCACCGAGCGAGAGAAGAAAGACAGAGAGCACAAGAAGAAACUCCUUACCUUGGCCAAAGAGCAUGAGAAGGCCAGAGAACUGGAGAAAGUCCAACGUUAUCACAUGCCUCAAGAUACCAAAGAUAGCAAGGACCACUAUGAGGAGGUGGAUGAGAGAGAGAGGAUGCCACACUAUGAGCAGCGCAAGUGGGAGGAGGAGCAAAUGUCCUCAGCAGUAUUCCACUUCGGUGCCAAGCAGAAGGAUCAACAGCAGCAGGAAUACGACUUAGUGCUGGACAACCAGAUUGACUUCAUACAAGCUCUGUGCAUGCCAGGGAACAGGGACAAGGACAAGGAUAAUGAGGAGGUAACGGAGGCACAACGUAAGAAAAUGAACAUUGAAGAAACCCAACGUAGUCUUCCCAUAUUUCCUUUUAAAGAAGAUUUAAUAGCAGCUAUUAGAGAACACCAGAUACUUAUAAUUGAAGGAGAGACAGGCUCAGGGAAGACAACCCAGAUUCCCCAGUAUCUGCACCAGGCUGGGUUCACCAAGGACAAGAAAAAAAUUGGAUGUACUCAGCCCAGGAGGGUGGCAGCCAUGUCAGUGGCAGCAAGAGUGGCCGAGGAAAUGAGCGUUAAAUUGGGAAAUGAGGUUGGCUACAGUAUAAGGUUUGAAGAUUGCACGUCGGAAAGAACUAUCAUCAAGUACAUGACAGACGGUACUCUCCACCGAGAGUUUCUCUCUGAGCCAGACUUGCAGGGCUAUAGUGUGAUGAUAAUCGAUGAGGCCCACGAGAGGACUCUGCACACUGACAUCCUGUUUGGUUUAGUCAAGGACAUAACGAGGUUUCGUCCAGACCUGAAGCUUCUAAUAUCCAGUGCCACUCUUGAUGCGCAGAAGUUUUCUGAUUUUUUCGAUGAUGCUCCGAUCUUUAGGAUACCAGGCAGGAGGUUCCCAGUGGAUAUCUAUUAUACAAAGGCUCCUGAGGCAGAUUAUGUGGACGCAUGUGUGGUGUCUAUACUUCAGAUUCAUGCAACUCAACCCCUGGGUGAUAUCCUUGUGUUCCUCACGGGACAGGAGGAGAUAGAGACAUGUCAGGAGCUGCUACAGGACCGUGUGCGCAGACUCGGCUCCAAGAUCCGAGAACUCGUCAUUCUCCCUGUUUACUCCAAUCUACCCAGUGAUAUGCAGGCUAAGAUAUUCCAACCUACUCCGCCCAAUGCACGGAAGGUUGUACUUGCAACAAAUAUUGCAGAAACAUCACUAACAAUAGAUAACAUCAUUUAUGUAAUUGACCCAGGAUUCUGCAAACAAAACAACUUCAACUCUCGCACCGGCAUGGAGUCACUUAUAGUCGUGCCUAUAUCUAAGGCUUCAGCCAACCAGAGGGCAGGACGUGCAGGGAGAGUGGCAGCUGGGAAGUGCUUCCGUCUCUACACAGCCUGGGCCUACAAACAUGAGCUAGAGGACAACACUGUCCCUGAGAUACAGCGGAUCAAUCUUGGCAAUGCUGUGCUGACGCUCAAGGCUCUUGGCAUAAAUGACCUGAUCCACUUCGACUUCCUCGACCCACCUCCUCAUGAGACCCUUGUUUUGGCACUGGAGCAGUUGUAUGCGCUGGGAGCUCUGAAUCAUCAUGGAGAGUUAACGAAGCUGGGCAGACGUAUGGCGGAGUUCCCUCUAGAUCCUAUGAUGGCUAAGAUGCUCAUUGCCUCAGAAAAAUACAAGUGUAGCGAGGAGAUUGUAAGUAUAGCCGCCAUGCUGUCUGUGAACAGUGCCAUCUUCUACCGGCCCAAGGACAAGAUCAUCCACGCAGACACAGCACGCAAGAACUUCUUCGUACUUGGGGGCGAUCAUCUGGUGCUGCUCAAUGUGUACAAGCAGUGGGCUGACACGGACCACAGCACUCAGUGGUGUUAUGAGAACUUCAUACAGUAUAGGUCAAUGAAAAGAGCUCGGGAUGUCAGAGAGCAGUUGAUUGGCUUGAUGCAGAGGGUUGAGAUGGACUUGGUCUCCAACCCAUCGGAAACAAUCAACAUAAGAAAGGCUAUAACAUCGGGUUACUUCUACCACAUAGCCAGACUGUCCAAGGGUGGCAACUACAAGACGGUGAAACACAACCAAACUGUGAUGAUUCACCCCAACAGCUCACUGUUUGAGGAGCUGCCACGUUGGGUGCUGUACCACGAGCUUGUCUUCACCACCAAGGAGUUCAUGAGACAGGUGACUGAGAUCGAGAGCAAGUGGUUGCUGGAGGUGGCCCCUCACUACUACAAGCCCAGAGAGUUGGAGGACUCUACUAACAAGAAAAUGCCCAAAGUCAUCGGGAAGACACGUGCACAGUUAGAGUCUUAAGUUAUGUAAAUUAUUUUUGUAUAUAACAAUUAUUUAUAUUUUUGUUACUGUAAAUAAAGAUACAAAACAUGGA